UUCCAGCCCAGUUACUUCUGCGAGCUUCUCUGUGCAGCCAUUAACUCCAUCAACGCCAGGUGCUUAUCGUGACACCAGUUCGUGCCUGCCAGAGGCUCGGUGUCCGCCACUAUUGCUGGAAAACCCUCUUCUGGUUAGAUCACCAGCGAGCAUUUGGUCAAAUAGGCCUCUGAUUUCAACGCGAAAGGCUAGAAGCAAUGGGUUCUGAAUCGCGUGAUGCCGCCACGAAUCGUCUCUCCGUCCUGGCCGGUCACCUCUCGCUCUCAGACGUUCGCCAGGACGGCCAGUGGCUUCGCGUGAACCCCACGUCAGCGGAGAUCAGGCCCGCUCCCGGCGGUGGUCCCGGCGUGCUGCACGUGGUGGACGGGCGCACGGGGAAGAAGUACGACCUCGAGAUCAACGAGGACGGCGCCAUCCGCGCCAGCGAUUUCAAGAAGAUCAAGGCGGGAGGCGAUGGCAACGGUCUGAAGCUGUACGAUCCUGGUUAUCUCAACACGGCGCCCGUCCGAUCGUCCAUCUGCUACAUCGACGGCGAUAAGGGGAUCCUGCGAUAUCGCGGUUACCCGAUUGAGGAGCUCGCUGAGCGAAGCACGCACCUUGAGACAGCCUACCUGCUCAUGUACGGCAAUCUGCCGACCCAGGAGCAGCUGUCGGACUGGGAGGCCACCAUCAUGCAGCACUCCGCGCUGCCAGACGGCGUUCUGGCGGUGAUCGCGGCUCUCCCCCGCGACAGCCACCCCAUGGGAGUGCUCACAGGGGCCCUCUGCGCACUCUCCUCCUUCCACGCGGAUGCCAACCCCGCGCUGCAGGGUCAAGACCUCUACAAGUCGAAGGCUGUUCGCAACAAGCAGAUCGUGCGAGUGCUUGGCAAGGUGCCCACCAUCGCCGCUGCAGCCUACCUGCACAUGGCGGGGCGGCCCCCUGUGGCGCCUGCAGGCCACCUGUCGUAUGCCGAGAACUUCCUCUACAUGCUCGACUCCAUGGGCGACCGCUCGUACCGCCCGCACCCGCGUCUGGCGCGAGCGGUGGACAUUCUCUUCAUCCUGCACGCGGAGCACGAGAUGAACUGCUCCACCGCCGCCGCGCGCCACCUCGCCUCCAGUGGUGUGGAUGUCUACACCGCGCUGGCAGGAGCUACAGGCGCACUCUACGGCCCGCUGCACGGUGGAGCCAAUGAGGCGGUGCUGAAGAUGCUGAAUGAGAUCGGCAGCGUGGACAACAUCCCCGAGUUCAUCCAGGGCGUCAAGGACAGGAAGCGCCGCAUGUCAGGCUUUGGGCACCGCGUGUACAAGAACUACGACCCACGGGCCAAGGUCAUCCGCGGCUUGGCGGAGGAGGUGUUUUCCAUCGUCGGGCGUGACCCGCUCAUCGAGGUGGCGGUGGCGCUGGAGCAGGCAGCCCUGUCGGACGAGUACUUCAUCAAGCGCAAGCUCUACCCCAACGUCGACUUCUACUCCGGCCUCAUCUACCGCGCGCUGGGCUUCCCCACGGAGUUCUUCCCAGUGCUGUUCGCCAUCCCACGCAUGGUGGGGUACCUGGCGCACUGGAAGGAGUCCCUCGACGACCCCGAUACGCGCAUCAUGCGCCCGCAGGAGUGCUACAUUGGUGAGUGGUUCCGCCAUUACCAGCCUGUCGGCAUGCGCCCGCCCUCAGAUGCCGAGGGUCUGGGUCAGAUUGCUGUAUCCAACGCCACCAGGAGACGGCUCGCUGCCAUCUCCUCCAACAUGUGAUUCGGUUUGAUAUGCGGCUGGUUUCUAAGAAGGGACUGUGUACUGUGCGUGUCACACUAAGUGCGUGCGGUGCUGGUGUGGUUGUGAUAGAGAUGCUGUAUCAGGUCUCAUUCUCGUCAAUAAAGUUGUCAAUAUCUUUGAAUUGUGCAUGGAUCGUGCAAUGGAUGGCUUGUCUCAAUAAUCAGCUGUUUUACGAGGUUGGAAUAC